AUGAGUGACUCUAAGAUUGGCAACGCGGCCAACAAAAAGCAUGAGGUGGAGCAAGCUGCAGCUGAAAACCCCAUUGGUGGACUAGAUAAAACUCCUAAAAGACCAAGGGAAGAAGGUGAGAAUAAACAGGAAGAAGAAGCAGGCGACAGAUCGGAACCACUAAAUGGUGAUGAUAGGGACAAGAGGGGCGAAGAGAAGAAAGAGCAAGAAUCAUCGCACAAAAAGGCCAAGACUGACGAUGAAAAUGCUGCAGAUACUGGUAAAGUAGAAGAUGACAAAAAGAAGGACAAAUUCGUAUUUGGUGCGGCAUCUAAAUUUGGAAGUGGGUUUGGCGUUGCCCAGAAAGACACCAAAGACGAGAAAACCACCCGCAUAAGUACUGCUUCUUUAUCGGCUUCUGAGAAUACUACAAAGAAGCCAUUUGCAUUUGGCUCAGGCCUAUCGUUCGGCAGUGGUUUCAGCAUAUUGAAGAAUAAAACCGACGACAACGCUGACAAUGAAAAGAAAUUCAUUGACGACAGGGAUAAAGUCAGUAGCGGGCCUGAACCGCUGGAAAAGGCCUCAGAAGAACCAAAAGACACGCCCAAGCCUCUCAAAUUGCAAAAGCAGGAAAUCAAGUCUGGCGAGGAGUCCGAAGAGUGCAUAUAUCAAGUAAAUGCUAAACUGUACCAACUUUCCAAGAUAGAAGAAGGCUGGAAGGAAAGAGGUGUUGGUGUCAUCAAAAUCAAUAAAAGUAAACAGGAUAACGAAAAAACGCGUAUAGUUAUGAGAUCCCGUGGUAUCUUGAAAGUCAUUUUGAAUAUCCAAUUGGUUAAGGGAUUCACCGUGCAAAAGGGCUUCACAGGUUCUUUGCAGAGCGAGAAAUUCAUAAGAUUAUUAGGGGUCGACAAUAACGGCGACCCUGCGCAAUAUGCUAUAAAGACUGGCAAGAAGGAGACCACAGAUGAACUGUAUAACACUAUAGUCAAGUCUGUUCCUAAGUAA